CUGGCUGCUCUGGGGGACAGAGUCUUUUGGGCAGUUGUGCAGCACACAACAGCAGUGGGACAAGCAUGCCCAUACCCAGUUCACCCAGGUUGUCUCCAUCAAGCUUUGGCUUCCUGCUGGGGGAAACUGAGGCACUUGACUUGCGUGGCCAGACCACGGCAGAGCCGGGGCUAGAGCCAACUCUCCCACUUCACCCUUGUAGGCUGUCCGCACCAGCCUGCCCAGCUCCUGUGCCACUGCUCAGAGGGCAGCUGGGGUGAAUCCAUCGCCCAUGAAGCCCCCAGCACAGGCUGCACUAGCAGCACCUGGGAGGCUGUGUGCAGCAAACCACCCUUUCCGGGGCUGUGAACACCACGGCCCUGUUGGCACCCUGGACUCGGUUGCACCAACUCUUGCCCCCAUGCGGAGUUGGGGUCACUCAGUUUGCUUCUCAGUCGGCCCUCCCCCCCGGGUCCUUAGCUUGUUUCAGGGAAACCACGUCUGUAAAUAGCUGGGACAGGUGCAGAGCCAGCCCUCGCUGAACGCCCCAGCUCACCCGGUCUGACGACAGCUAUUUCCAUACGCAGCCCCUGGCUCCAGCCCAGCUCAGCAGCUCUCAAUUCACACUGUGCAGAGAGAGGCAACCCUGAAGGCUCACCUCGGGGUCAAACCCAGCUGCGAUCACCAAAGGGUUACGUCUGCAGGGACUCUCGUGAACAUGAACAUGAAGUGCACCUGCCGUGGGGAGCGGAAACAACCCCAUCUCAGAGGAUCCUAGACAAGUGGGGUCUCAUGGUCACAUCUAGUCCAACCUCCUGCCUGAGGCAGGAUCAGCCCGAUCCAAACCAUCCCAUGCAAAUCCAUCGUCUAAAACUACUGCCAACCCUGACACAACACAAGACAUCGCAGCCGAACCUGCCAUGGGGAAGGCGAGGGGGACCGCAGCAGCCAGCGUCCUGGCGUUGUAAAAGGAAGUUAAUACACAUGCAAGACAUCCCAGGUAGGGCCCGUGCCCCUGCUACAGAGGAAGGCAAAACCCCUGCAGCCCGUAUCAGUGUGACCAGGGGAGGAAAUUCUUUCCUGACCCUGAGUGCAGGGGUAAGACCGUCUAGCUAGAAACCUCCAGGAUUAGUCCCAGCAGGAGCACUGGCACAGCCCCGUCACUGCCCCCAGCCUGGGCUGCAGCCAGUACCCAGUGCUGCAGAAGGUGAGAAAAAUCCCGACGUGUAGCAACAAGAGGGGGAAAAAAUUCCUUCGCAGCCCCGUGUGGCACCCAGCGAAGCCCAGAGGCCUGGGAAAUGCUGACAGCACAGCAUCCUUUCUACCGGAGCCUGCACACCAUUGAGGCCUGGCAAAAUCCCCCACCGCGUUGAGGAUGCACCCAAGAUCCCACCUACAAAUGGGACUGGUCAGGUCCGCGGUGGGUGUUGGGAGGGUUUCAUGCCCCUGUUUAAGGCCCUACCCCUACAUUGCAAUCCUCGGAUGAGUGGAGACAGUUCAGGGAAGUGGAAACCCAACCAACCUGGUUUUACUCCUUGUGUUUCGUAUCAACCUGAAAACAUUGCUAAGAAGCACUUAAUGCAGCUGGAUGCAGGCCUGGUGAGGAAGAGGGGAGCAUUGCCUGCAGUGGAGGGGUAACUGAGGCACAGGAGGACUUGCGGAGAGGGCACCCUGCAGGCCUCUUCCCCAUUCCACCUCUCAACUUAGCCCUGUCCUCGGGGAAGUCCACCCCUGGCAAUGCCAGCUGCCACCCCCUACGGACGGGGGGACAGACCAUGCAAGGUACCAGGGCUAUACCAGGGCACCCAUCAGGACAACCAGUCACCAGCAGGGCUGCCCAGGAGUCCUGGGAAGACUCCCUGCAAAACAGGUGGAUCUCAUGACCCGGUCUAUUUUCAACCCCAGGAGGACAUGGGGGCUGGCGUGUCACUGACACCAUCAGCUGACACCUGCAGUCGUCCCUCGCCAUCCAGCCUGGAUUCCAGCCCCGGAGCUAUAUAGAUCAGGGGCCAAGAGGCUGGGCCGGCAGAGAGCAGGAGGGUUGGACGGCAGGAUGGUAGAGCCUGGAGCCUGCACACGUGCCGCCUGAGGGUGCCGCGAGCCAGGCACAGGAACAGCCUCCCUUCUAUCUCCAGGAGGCACAGCUCGCUGCUGGUUCAGCCGUCGCCAGUUGGCCCCUGCCUUCGCUCCCUGUCACCAUGGUCGGCUUGAAGCCCACGGAUGUCCCUCCAUCGGCCCUUGUGAAGUUCCUCAGUGCAGGGACCGCCGCCUGCAUCGCUGACCUAUGCACCUUCCCACUGGACACGGCCAAAGUCCGGCUGCAGAUCCAAGGCGAGGCCAAGCCAGUGAGGAACAUGGCGGUUGUGCAGUACAAGGGUGUCUUUGGCACCUUGGCCACCAUGGUGAAGACGGAGGGUCCCAGCAGCCUGUACAAUGGGCUGGUGGCCGGGCUGCAGCGUCAGAUGAGCUUCGCCUCCAUCCGCAUCGGGCUGUACGACUCGGUCAAGCAGUUCUACUCCUCCAAGGGCUCUGACAGCACCGGUAUCCUGACUCGGCUGCUGGCUGGCUGUACCACAGGGGCCAUGGCUGUGACUUGUGCCCAGCCCACCGACGUGGUGAAGGUUCGGUUUCAGGCUCACGUGACACUGAUGGACGGAAGCAAGAAGUACAACGGGACCGUGGACGCCUACAAGACCAUUGCUAAGGAGGAAGGGGUCCGAGGCCUCUGGAAAGGCACGUUACCCAACAUCACCCGCAACGCCAUCGUGAACUGUGGGGAGCUGGUCACCUACGACCUCAUCAAGGAGGCGCUGAUCAAGUACCACGUGAUGACAGACAAUUUCCCUUGCCACUUUGUGGCUGCCUUCGGCGCUGGAUUCUGUGCCACGGUGGUGGCUUCGCCGGUGGACGUGGUGAAGACGAGGUACAUGAACUCGGCCCGCGGGCAGUACAAGAACGCCCUAAACUGCAUGCUCACCAUGGUGAUCAAGGAAGGGCCUGCCGCCUUCUACAAGGGGUUUGUGCCCUCGUUCCUGCGCCUGGGCUCCUGGAACAUCGUCAUGUUCGUGUCCUACGAGCAGCUGAAGCGCGCCAUGGUGCUGGCCCAGGUGGCCUGGGAAUCCCCAUUUUAAGCCCUGGGGAGAUCUCUGGGAUGAGAAGACUGAGGACAGCCUGGGGCCUCCAGCAGAUGCUUCUCCCCACGGCCGCACCUGUGGUGCUGGGCUUUGCUGUGGCAUGUGAGGGCAGAGGGAGAGGUGCGGCACUGAUGGGACCAUGCCAGGGCCCUGGCUCUUGUCCUUAUCAGAGCCGAUGAGGUGCAGAAGCGAAUGACAGGAAUUGCCAAGAUGCAGCCCAGUGGCCAGAUGUUUGAGCAGAGACAAAGGACUCGAGGUAGCAAAACUGGCAGUGAAGUCAGGAACGAGCAAAGCUUAUGCUACAGCCUCUUCCGCCUGAUUUCUUCAGCUUGGGUAUGAGCAUGGCCCUGCAAACAGGCCUCUCUGCUGUGCUGUGACAGCAGACCGAGGCCCGCCAGGAGCUACAAGGCUCCUCAAAGCCUAGAGGGAGGCUGUUGGGUGCCCAACAAAAGAUUUCUUGUGAGAGCAAGUGACAACAGGACCGGGAGUGAUGGAUACGGGUUAAGAACCAGGUGCCAAGAGCAGAGCACUGCAGCCAGCAUCCAUUGCUCUUUGAAGGCAUCUCAGCAACCACUGAGAUUCUGCUUGGAGACCCAUACGGACAAGUGAAAGGAUGGCAGCCCUGCGAUCAUCCCUCCAGCCAGAACCUCCCUCCCGGUCUGGACAGCUUGGCCAAGGCCAGGAGGAGAUAGACCAGACGGUCAUGGAACAACUUGGGGCUCCAGAUCUGGUGGAAGCUGCUGGGAGGAGCUCAAAGAGAAGGGCUGGCAUGUCGGCAGCUGGGGAGAACCAGCGUCCCAGAGCUACACGGAGAAGGAAGGACGACAGGAUCGCUCAGCGAAGAGGAGCCAGGAGCACGUGUCUGCACCAGCUUUGCAGCCAUUGCUAAUAAAGGGAUUCAUGCUGUCCCCCGCAGAAGAGUCACACCGCA